GGCGCGCGAAGGGCAGUGUGUGGUGGUGUUGCGUCGGAGCUGUGAGGUGGCGGAGGUUGUUGUCUGGCGGUCUCGGUGCGGUCCCGUUAUAAAGCGGUGGGGGCCCGCAGGAAAGGCGGCCGUGUUGGGGCUGUGCCUGCAGUCAGGCACACGAUGAGUAGAAAGGACUCGAUGGAUGGCAGCGGUGAGGAGCUUACAAGAAGAAAAUUGGAAGCUAUAAGGCAGUGCCUUAAGAUACUGGAAGAGGACUUAACGGAAGAAAGUCACAGAAGUGACUUGUGUUGUAUAUUAAAUGAUACAAGUGUGAAAGAGAUCAGUGAUGGGGAUGAAGAGACUGAUUUUUCUGGUUCCUUUUCUACAGAGCCCAAAUUGGAUGUUAAACUUGGAUUGAGUGGUAGCAGCUCAGAAGAUCUAGGAAGGCCCUUCAGUUCCAACACCGAAGAGAAAGGUGUUCAGUGCCUGAUUUCCUCAGAUAGUGGGCUAAGCUGUAAACCAGGUGUAGCUCCAUCAGCAGACACGGAAAACAAAACUCUGGAAGACAUCAUUGAAGCUUUGUGGAUAGGUAUUUGUAAUCUCAGCCGCUUGCAAGAUGCAGAUGAGAUGCUGAAGUGCUUCGAAUUGAAAAUGAAGCAGGAAGGAGACAAAGUUGCAGAAACUGCAGAUAGAAAAUUUGAUGAGCUUGUAACUUUUGUCCUGUCAAGGAAAAAGGAACUGUGUGCAGAAUUAGUGGAGGGCAUCAACAACUACAGUGCUGAUGUUGCAAAAGCUAAGCAGUUAAUUGAAGAGAAGAGAAAAGCCUUGAAUGGUGCCAUUAGGAUGGCAACGGAAUUAAAAAUUACACCUAAUACAAGAACCUACUGUGAUCUGGCUCAGGUUAUUCAUGAUUUGAAGUUGCCAGUUGAUGCUGAGCUCUCAGCAGUGAGUAGUUUGAAGGAAAAAACAUCUCCAAGAUGUCUCCUGAACUGUGAUGAGAUCACAUCUUUUUUAAAGAAUCUGGGGAAGAUACAGAGGGGAGCAUCUGGAUAUGAAGAUAAUGGACAGAAUGCUCUUAGCCUUGGUGACAAAAAAGAAAUGCCAAGCUCUGAUACUCAGCUCUCUGUAGACAAUACAAUUCCACCACCUUGCAGAGAAAGUAAAAUAAAGGCUCGGGCAAAUAAACCUGGUGGUCUCAGUGCAGUGAAAAAUGUGCAAGUACAAGGAUCACUUCCUGUGGUACCUCAUCAGAACACUCCUGCUCCACCCAAGAGCCCGUCCAGCCCAGAUGUCAUCAUAGAAGAAGUAUUUGAAGAUGACCUGGAAAAGCUUCCCUCAGAACGCCACAAUGAAUGGAGGAAGAAACUUUCCAAGAAGGAAACACAUUCUGAACACAAAGCUGGUUCAUCAGAGCUAGUGUUUGUAAGCCAUGUUGUAAAUCCAUGCCACUUCUAUAUUCGUUGGUACUCGCAGAAGAAAGAAGGUGUUUUUUUGGAGGAGAAAUUGAAUAACUUCUGUUGUAGUAAAAGUUCCUAUCUCUUGCCUUCAGAUGUUUUGGAACUAGGUGUUCAAAUUUUCAUCAAGAGCAAGGAAACUGGAAUGUGGUGUCGUGGAACUAUCACUAAACUAAUCCCUGGAAAAAGUAAAAAAGAAGAGAAGCCUUCUGAUCCAAUAAGAUACAAAGUUUGUGAUGUGGCAGUGAUGGAAGUAUUUCUGAUUGAUGUUGGGAGUUCAGAAGCUUUCAUUUUCUCAGGGUAUGAUGGUGCUGAACAACCUGAACCUUCUCCUUUGCUAACUAUUGAACCUGAUGACAUCUGUUCCUUUGUAAGGAAGCCAGAUAAGAAUAUUGAGGCAGAACUUGGAGCUGUUCCUCCUUUAGCAGUCCAGUGUUCAUUGAAAGAUAUUGUUCCCAAAAAUGCAAGUGAAAGUUGGGGAGAGGAAGCAAAGACAAACUUUUUACAGAUGGUCAAUAAUAAAGUUGUUCUAAUGACCAUAUUUAGAGAAGAGAAUGGUGUUCUCAUUGUGGAUUUGAAAAAAUCUCCACAUAAUAAAAUCAGCAGUGACAUGCCUGUAUCCCUCAAGGAUGCAUUAGUUUUUUUGGACUUGGCAAGGUAUAAGUCACAUCUUCCUAAUCACUUAGAAAAUAAUACGGUCUUGCAGUAUAAACCACCUAAGAUACCAGAAGAAAAAGAAGUCUUUGUUGUAGUUUGUCACAUAAAUAGCCCGAGUGAUUUCUAUCUGCAAUUGGUAGAUAGCCUGGAUACUUCAGCUUUUCCAAAGAAAAACAGAGAGAGACACGGACAUCAGGAUAGCAAAGACGUGCAAAUUGUCUGCCCAGUUGAAGGCCAACCCUGUAUUGCAAAACACAAAGAUGGGAAUUGGUACAGAGCACAAAUUACAGGGCUGCCACAUUCACAAGAAGUUGUGGUCAAAUACGUUGACUUUGGCAGCGUCGCUAAUGUAACUCUUAAAGACAUACGCAAAGCAGAAGAUGAGAUUCUCAGCUUUCCAGUAAAGGCAAUCAAGUGUAGGCUGGCUUACAUUGAGCCUUACAAAGCAGCUGAUGAGUGGAACAGAGAAGCCACAAGAAGAUUCGAAGAAAUGACUGAAGAUAAAUUUAUGGUGUGUUCAAUUGUUGAGGUUUUGAAGAACAACAUUUUAUCUGUUAAACUCUUUGACUCCCACGCUCCUCAUGGAAGAGGCUCCAGUAUUAACUGCCAGCUGGUUAAAGAGAACCUUGCAUCCUACAUACCUGGGUACGUUGAAAGUUCUUCUGUAAGGCCCACUGAAAUAUGGGAUGUUCCUGUAGAAGAAGCUGCUGAAAACUUGAAAGAUUUAAAUCCUGUAAAUGUGAGACCACUGGAGGAAGAAGGGGAUUUCAGAUCGCUUGCCAAGAAAGAGCUACAAGUGAGAAUUAGCCAUGUGGUAUCUCCCAGUAAAAUCUUUAUACAAUGGCUGUCAUCAGAAAGUAUACUGAAAAGUUUACAGGAGAAGAUGGCUGCCUUCUACAAAGAAUCCCAGCCAGAGUCAGUGAAGUGGGAGUGUAAUAUGCACUGUGCUGUGUAUAUACACAAUUUGAAACAGUGGCAAAGAGGUCGGAUAAGUAAGAUCGUCUCUGAAACAACUGCAGAGGUAAUGCUCUAUGAUUCUGGAGCUGAAAAAACAGUGGAUAUCAGCUGCCUAAGAAAACUUGAGGAAAGCAUGAAGAGAAUUAAGACAUUAGCAAUUGAAUGCUCCUUAGUAGACAUAAGUCCAACAGGUGGAAGCACACAGUGGAAGUGGACAGCAACGGUGUGUGACUAUAUAUCCUAUUACCUGACUGGGGCACAAGCAAAAAUAAUCAUCCAGGAAGGUGAUACGGCUUGUGCGUUGCCUGUGAAAAUUUUUUGCAAGGAUGAAGCAGGACAAUUAAUUGAUAUUUCAGAACACCUUAUUAAAAAGGGUUUGGCUUUUAGAAACAACAGAACUCACAAAGCUGCUGUGGCUUGUGCAGUCCCCAAGAAACAUCCUGAAGUACGUCUAGAGGAAGAGAACCCACAACUGAACAGUUGUGAUUCAGAAACUGCAUACGUAAGAGACAGUGCUGCUGAAGAGAAAGAUGGGGAUGUUUCAGAGAGUGAACAGAAGCCAAGUAAAACGUACAAGUCAUUGGUUCGUUUGGAAAUGCAUGAAAUAUAUAAAACCCCCAUCAUACCUGAAGUGAAAAUUUUUCAAGCGGUAGUGACCUGUGUUGGACAUGAUGGAACUAUUUAUGUGAUACCAAAAUUAUUCGAAAGUAAACUAAAGAAAUUGAUGAGUGAAAUACAAAGUAACUUCAAAUGCCUUGGUCUUCUGGAACCCUAUUGUUGGAAAAAAGGAGAAGCUUGUGUUAUAAGAGGGUCAGAUACCCUUUGGUAUCGAGGUAAAGUUGUAGAACUUGGUGGUGGUACUCUCCAGGUACAGUACAUCGACCGUGGAUAUAUAGAGAAGGUCCCUCAGUGUCAUCUGUAUCCAACUACGUUGUAUGCUGAUACUCCUCCAUUUUGCAUACCAUGUCAGCUCUACAAGACAGUACCAGUUGGAAAUUUUUGGCAGCGGGAUGCAGUGUACCUCCUUCAAAAACUACUUACAAACGAAGAGGUUGAAAUACACGUUCAGCAGCUACCGGAUAACCCAUGGGGCAAGCUGUCUGUCAGCCUGUAUUUCCAUGGAAUGUCACUUUCCUCCUUCAUGGCCUACCAGCAGUUCUGUGUCACUGAAGACUGUCAGGACAUACCAAAGCAGGAGCUGCUUGAAAGAAGCAUUCAAGUUUUGCCUUCGUACACAUUGCCACCACUGCCUGUUCCAGGAGAUAUCUUUCCUGUCAGAGUUACCCAUCUUGUAUCCCCUAAGGAGGUAUACAUCUGUCUUAAUCCUUCUGAGAACGUUACCAAGCCGUCUACCACAGAGGGAGAUGCUAGCUGCAACUUGGACAGCCUCAAUGAAGCCCUCAAAUGGUGCAAUAAAAUUGUGGAUUCUCUUCCUCUCCUGACAGACUUCAGAACAGAAAUGCCUUGCCUUGCAGAAUACAGGGAUGGUUUGUGGUAUAGAGCGAAGCUCCUCUCUGUUGAAGAACUCAACUCUGAUAAGAUCCUGAUUCAGUUUGUUGACUACGGCAAUUUUUCAGCUGUUCCAACCAGCAAGCUGCGCUGCAUACCUCAUCACCUGCUGCAGUAUUCCGUUCAGGCAGUGCGAGCUCUGCUGGCUGGAUUUAAACCUCUAACUGCUACAAAUGCAGAAAGAAUCCCGUAUUGUCCCGAGUGGAGCAUGGAAGCACUGUGGGCUAUGAUGGACUGCGUUGAAGGAAAACAGCUCUCUGCUUCCAUACUUGCAUCUUCACCAGAGGUCACCAUUUCCUUGUAUGAAGAUGAUCAAAAACUAGUUCAUAUGAAACUGAUAGAAAUGGGACUUGCAGAGUUGGAGGAGUGACAUCAUUUGUUCUCAACGUCCUGGGCCAGUGGUUCUCAUACUGAGCUCUGUAACUCCUGGAUGUCCAUCCCUCUGAACACAGAAUACUUGAAUUGAAAAGCUUUAUACCAUGUGGUGUCUACAGAGAAUACUGAAGACUGGUUUGGGUUUUGGGUUUUCAAAUUCCUUAACCAACUUGAUGUUAUGUAGUUCUUUUCCCUCCCACUUAAGAAGCACUCUCCUAAUCUGCAUUUAUAGAUUUUUACAAUUUUGACUCUUAAUUGAGAUGUAGAUAGAUAGCUUCGCUAUCUAUUCACAUACAGCCUUAAGUGGUGUUUUGUGAUAAUUCUUUGAUAAGAGUAGCUGGAAUGAAUGUGUUGUAGUAAGGAAAUAGAUGAAGAAAUAACGUUGAGAAGAGGAUAGUUUUAUUACUGUGAUGUAACUCUUGUUCAUAUUUCAGGCAUCUUUGGUGAUAGUUUCUUGGUACCAGUCUGGAACCAGGAAUGAACAGCUGGGAGGUGGGGAAUGUUACUCGUUUUGUUCUGAAACACAUUUGCAUUGUUGCUGUGUUUUGUUUUUGGCUUGGGUGUCCUUGCGCCUCCUUCCUAUUCCAGGCGCUGUAGCGUUCAACUCAAAGUGUUAGAAUAAACUGGAGCCUGCUCAGCAUACAUCUGAAAGCUCUUCUCUUUCCUGCUAUAAAGAGACAUUCAAAGAAACCUUUUUAGUGUAGUGCAUCCUUUAUAUUCAGGGCUCAGCUGCUUCAGUCACCCCAUGGAGAAUUUGAUCUAGAUUAUCAAGGAAAAACAGAGGAAAUUGGUGUAGCAAAAUACAAGUCUUGAAAUCAGACACAAGUGAAGGCGAUAGUCUCUUUAAACAAAACUGACUCCAGCCUCUCAUUCUCUUAGAGGUCUUUGUUACACUCACUUUCUCACAAAUACCUAAAUAGAUAAAUUCACCUGGAUUGCUUGUGUCCACCCUGGACAUGGCUUGAAUCUCAUUACAACCAGCUGGGUUUUAGAUAGGUGCUCUGUAUGUCCUAGAAAUCUGGUAGUGACAAUGUGAGACUUCUGCUUCGUUUCGUUUAUUUGGUACUCCCUGAUUUUUGGCAUGACCUUUCGUGGCUUCUUACUUUGACCAUAGCCCUUACAGUGGAGCAGGCUGGGCAUCUUUAACUUUGUAGUCCUGCAUUCAGUGCAAGUUCCUGUUUUUGGUAGAAGUAUUUUCAGAAGAAAGCUCCAGUUGAGUCCCUGCUCAGAUGGUGUUGAAAAUGGCUACUUAAGUGUGACCAGAAUAUCUAUGACCAAAACCAUUCUUUCUCCUUUCUGUCCUCUGUAAAGAUCAGAAGAGGUGUGUUUUCUGUCCCAGCAAGUGCUGCUUGAGCUCCACCCUUGUUUCUUUGUGGUAGUAGCUGGAACUCAGUUUGCUCAAGUUACAUUUUGCUCAUUUUUUUGCAAAGUUAACAAGAUGAACAGAGUUAGAGGGAAGGCAGCAUUGUCCAGUUCAGGCUGUUGCAGCAGAUGGGCUUGUACCAUUGAAUCACAGAGUGCUGUCACCUGCAUAGCAAUUUCUUUACAUUCAGGGCGAACCUCCUGACCACCCAUCCCCUUGUGCAUUUCUGUGUUUGACAUGAAUAUGUGUGCAAAACUUAGUGCACAGACUGGCUGUGAACUCUGUAGUUAAGUGUUGCAAGUUGUCAGUUUAUACUAGCACUGGAAGGAUUAGUUCAUGGGUUUAGUACGUAUUUUGGUGCUGAAAUGUCCUACAUGCCGUUCUAAAUACUACAGGUGUUACAAUAAUCUUUCAAAUGUAAUGUUGUUCUUAUAUCUAUUAAAAAUUAUAUACAACCAUUGU